AUGGACCUAGUAGUGCUGAUUGAAGGUGCCAUCUCUCUUUGUAUGCCUACGCGCGGAGUAAGACCUGCUGAGCACAGUGGCACUUCCUUCUGCAGAAACAUGCCGAGGGUUUCGUCCUAAGUGUAUUGUGGUGGGGUCGUCCCUCCGUCUUGCUCCUGGUCUUGGAGCCCUCUCUUUGCACAGCAGCAGAAGCGGCAAAAAGCGUUGUGCUUCGGCAGCUUGCGCGAGCUCCGGUGUAGCUUUUGCGCCUCUCUCCUUUUGCCAGCCCUGAAGACAAAGUUGCGGGAAGUUUGCCGACACGCAACAAGUUUGCUCGUCAGGAGAGCGCCCUUUUCAUCACAUUCUGAAUGCCGUUUAUCUCGGGCGUAAACGUUGCAGAUCGCUGGCUUGACUUUUAACGCGGCGUACAUCUGUUUGGAAAGAGAGAGAGGGGAAACUUAGGAACACAGGAAGCUGCCAUAUACUGAGUCAGACCAUAGGUCCAUCUACCUCAGUACUGAAUGGUUGUGUGACUUUUUCCUCUUCUGCAAAAUAGCCCGAACAAUCCAAGUUAAACCACUUGAAUCUUUUUGUUUUCUUUUUUAUUCUUAGGGAGCACUUGACCCACUUGAUUGAGUGGGAUUACACACAAAUCAGACUGGAAAGGUUUGGGUUUAAGCUCCGAAAUGAUGAUUUGCCACAUGAAAGGUUUCACUUCCCAUACAGCAGUUAAGUAAAGCAUUCCCUGAUCAUUCAAAUGGCAUCACGAAAUGAAAUUUGGCCAAACUCCAUUGGGCAAGAUGUGAAUCCUGAUCUUGACAUCGAAAGGAAAAGUGCUUCCUUCAGUAUAGAGCGACUUACCAACAUACUAGAUGGAGGUGCUGAAACAACCCAGAUCCGGAGGGCAGUAUAUGCAGUGCUCCAGAGUGACCCAGAAUUUAGUCUAGAAAACCAGUAUUUCCUGAGUCAAAACGAAAGAUAUGAAGGUGCCAUCCGGAGGUCUAUUUACCUUCACAAAAAGAUGGAAGAAAUGGGAUGGCCCAAAGGUGGACCCGAACAAAUGUACUGCCGAAGGGCUCUUGGUGCUGAUUUGGGAUUUAAUGUGCACUUCGUCUUCAUAAAGAGCAUUUUGGGAUUGGGCACCGAUGAGCAGAUUGCCAAAUGGGUCCCCUUAGCAGAAAAGUAUUGGAUCGCAGGGACCUAUGCCCAGACUGAACUGGGACAUGGAACAUACCUCCGGGGUUUGGAGACAACAGCCACUUUUGAUACUGCCACUCAGGAAUUUAUUCUCAACACGCCAAAGAUAUCUGCUAUGAAGUGGUGGCCGGGAGACUUGGGAAGAACUGCGACUCAUGCUGUGGUCUUUGCUCAGCUUAACCUAAAAGGAAAAGAUUACGGCAUGCAUCCCUUCAUCCUGCAGAUCCGCAGCCUUAGAGAUCAUGCUCCAGAACCAGGAGUAACUGUAGGGGAUAUUGGCCCCAAAAUGAGCUUUGAGCACAUUGACAAUGGUUUCCUCAUAAUGAAGAAUGUUCGGGUUCCAAGGGAAAACAUGCUCGCCAGAUUUUCUCAGGUUCUGCCAGAUGGCCAGUAUGUGAAACGAGGAUCUGAGAAGAUUAACUACUUGACUAUGAUUGUGGUUCGUGUGUCCAUCCUUCAGGAAGAAAUGUUACCUUCUCUGAUGAAAGCUUGCACCAUUGCCAUCCGAUAUUCUGUGGUGCGCCGACAGUCUGAGCUAAAGCCUGGUGACCCAGAGGCCAAGAUUCUUGACUAUCAGACUCAGCAGCAGAAACUGCUACCUCAACUGGCAACUGCCUAUGCCUUUCACUUCCUUUGUGCCUAUAUGCAGGACAUCUUCAACAAAGCCUACACAGAAAUUAAUGGAGGAAAAUUUGACUUGCUUCCAGAGCUUCAUGCCCUUGCUUCUGGAAUUAAAGUGAUAGCUUCAGAGUACAGCUCAGCUGGAGUGGAAGUGUGUCGGAAGGCCUGCGGAGGACAUGGAUACUCCCUGCUCAGUGGCCUGCCUUCCAUAUAUACUAAACUGGUUGCGUCUUGCACUUAUGAAGGGGAAAAUACUGUUCUCCUCCUGCAGACAGCCAGGUUCCUACUGAAAUGCCUUGGGAUGGCAAAGAAUGGCCAACCUCUUCCUUCAUCAGUUGCCUACUUGUCUUCCAAAGGUUUUGGAAAAUGCCAAGCACAGGAAAAAAGAGAUUUCCUAAAUCCAAAUGUUUACACUGAUGCUUAUAGGCACAGAGCCUUCAGGACUCUGAGAAAUGCAGCAGUCAAGCUCCAUACUUUGGUUCAGUUAGGAAUAGCACAACAUGAAGCAUGGAACAUAUGCUCUGUUCAGCUGGCUCAGGCUGCUAUGGCUCACAGCCACUAUAUUGUAGUGGAAAUGUUUGUCAAAGCAGUGGAGAAAUUGGAAAAAGAAGCUGCCAUCCAGAGGAUUCUUAAGCAUCUCUGUGACCUCUUUGCACUGCAUGGGAUCUUCUCCAAUACGGGAGACUUUGUGCAGGAUGGGUACCUAUCUACAGAGCAAACUGAUAUGGUGACUGAAUCGUACCUGGAUCUUCUAGCUAUCAUUCGGAGAGAUGCUGUUCCACUAGUAGAUGCUUUUGACUUCUCUGAUGAAAUCUUAAAUUCAGCCCUUGGAAGCUACGAUGGUCAUGUCUACCAGCGACUCUAUGAGUGGGCUAAGAAGUCACCCGCCAACCGAAAGGAAAACCCAGCCUUCGAGAAAUAUUUGAAACCACUUUUCUCAAAUGCCCCAUCAAAGCUAUAAAAAUGAGAAUGAAACAGAGGCAAUGCCAGUUCCUCCUACCCUCAAACACAGUUAUCAAUAACACAAAUCCAUAAAAUGUAAAAGCUGUUCCCUUCUGCUCAUCAGAAAAACCCAAUGAAAUGUCUUGACAGGCAAGAUUCAAAGUCAGUCAAGGAACUCAAAACAAGGCGAGGACAGUCCUUUUAUCUUUGCCAGAUAGACCAAAACUUGUUCUCUUACUAUUCACAGUAGUUCUUGCAAGUAGUAUACAGCUAACCUAAUAUUCUGGAAUUGCUGCUGCAGGGUCCCUGCAAAGCAGGAUCACGGAAGCAGUUGUAUGUGAUCCUCUAUGAUAAACCUGUGAUGGCACAAUUGCCACAGGGCUGCUAGGAAAAGGAUUGCUACAGAACUUCUAAAAUCAGUGCAACAGCACCAAGGGCAGACAUGUUUGAGAGGGCAGCAUACAUUCGGCACUCUCCCCCUCUCAUGUGAGACCUGCAUCAUCAAAAUAUGUCCAGGGAUUCCUACAGAGAUUUUUUGAGGUUCACAGGUAGUCCUUGGAAGCCCCUAGAACUCUUAAUAGGAUGGUUUCUUUCACAGAAAGCAUUGGCAUUAAAGCCCAAGUACUGUAAUGCACUGACUUUUCAAUGUCUAAUAUGCAAGUCUUAAAAUGGCAAGCUGUCUUUAAGAACAAUAACAACCUUUCAAAAUAACUAAAGGUUUCUUAAAACCUUUCUGGCAGCCUUAAACUGGUCAAAUACCUUAGCUCAACUGCUUAGUGUUUCUAGAUGAAACACUCUAAUGCCUCACUUUUGCUUGAGUGCUGUUAAAUUAAGAGAUCCUCUAGUGAAAGACUGGGGACAAAAGUUUCAAAUAAAACUAAACAGAAGCCCUAUUCACACAUCAUGUUCAACACUUGUACAAUCUCUGUACAGCUCUAUAGGUAUAGCGCUAUAUGCAGGUACAGUUUUUCACAUCUUAUAUUGAAUGCAGGUACAGCAGCCCAUUUCUUACCUGUACUUGAGGAACCUGCAUCUGAGUUUACUUUUAAAAUAGAUGCAGGUACAGUCAUACAUUUGAACAGGCAUCUGAAUGCAGAUACAACGUAAUGUCUGAAUACUAGGGCUUCAGAUUAAUAGAAAUCCAUAGAGCUGUAAUUCACCUAACAAACAGAUAAUCCAACCUACAUUGCAUAUCAAUUUCUCUGUAGUGUAAUCUGUAUUAGCAGAGUAUGUAGUUUAAGAAAAAAACAGUGCAGUGUCACGGUUAGCAUGUUAGACUUGGACAAGGGCGACCCAGGUUGCAGUCCCCACUCAGCCAUGAAGCUCACUAGGUGAUUUUGGGCAAGUCACUUUCCCUCAGCCCCCUCACAGGGAUCAUGAUGCCAUGAGCUCCUUGAAGAGAAGCAAAUGUAUUUUAAUCCAGAUGGUUCAAAGAGAAGAGGGGUAGAGUGGCAUCUACAAAGCCCUGACACCACCACCACCACCCCUGACUCAGAGGAGUUGUAAGGAAAAAUCACCCUGAGCUCCUUGGAGGAAGAGUGCAAUACCAGUGGGAUAAAGAAAAAGAGCUCAGAGAAACCAGCUAAAAAUUAUUCUGCCUUAAAUCUUGAAGUGCUGCCACUUGUAAGGAUAAAGAUAAGAGACUGCAUGCUGUAGUGCUCAGAGACUUUGUGACACAGAGUCAGACAAGGCCUGGGUUCAAAGCGCCCACUCAGCCAUGAAGCUCAAAGUGUGGCCUUGGGCAAGUCAUAGGAAUAAGGACCUGCCAUAUACUGAGUCAGACCACUGGUCCAUCUAGCUUAGUAUUGUCUACACAGACUGGCAGCAGCUUCUCCAAGACUGCAGCCAGGAGUCUCUCCCAGCCCUAUCUUGGAAAUGCCAGGGAGGCAACUUGGAACCUUCCACAUUCAAGCAUGCAGAUGCCCUUUCUAGAGUGGCCCCAUCCCCUAAGGGGAAUAUCUUACAGUGCUCACGCAUGCAGUCUCCUAUUCAAAUGCAAACCAGGGCAGACCCUGCUUAGCAACUGGGACAAGUCAUGCUUGCUACCACAAGACCAGCUGUACUUCUCACACACACACUUAACUUAACCUACCCAACAGGAUAAAAAUGUGGUUGUGGAGAUCCCAUUUAUGCUGCUGUAAGCUUAUUGGAUGAAGGGCAAGAUAUAAAUCCAUAUAUCUUAUGUGUAGAGGCUGAACUGGGAUACCUCCCUGCUCAUUACACCCCAGUUCACAGCUCAGUGUAAAGCAGCUCUUAGGUGAGCUGUUUUUAAAAACACACACACAAAACAUGCACAAUUCAUUGUAUUGGCUGACAUUCAGCACAAGGGAAUACAGGUGGCUGGAGCAUUACAAGUGCCCUGUGCACUUGUAAGCACGGCUGAGGGGGCUGUGCUGCAGCACUCCAUGCACACAGUUGCACAACGCAACAUCCACUGGAAGUCAUGGAGGACGGUGGCUGCCCUGCAACUCCGCCCCAUCGGCAGUGCUUGCAUGGCCACAGGGGCAGUGCUCCAGCCAUGUUCCCUUGCACGGCAUGUCAACCACUGACUGCUGUAUAGAUUAAACUUACUGCAGGCUGCCUGGAAGUGGUGGGUGUUUUUUCCAAGCACAACAUAUAGUUCUUUAUUUUAAAAUGGUGAUGCUUAAUUUUUAGAUUCUGCCAUAUGCAUAUUAAAACAACGGAAACCA